AUGACCCCAAUUCCCCUGUGGCUGGACUGUGAUCCGGGCCACGAUGAUGCCUUCGCCAUCCUACUCGCAGCCCAUCACCCGUCCCUCAAUCUCCUGGGCAUCACCACGAUCCAUGGAAACGCAUCUCUAGAGAAGACAACCGUCAAUACAGGCAGUAUCCUCGAAGCAAUCGGCAAGCCCGAGAUCCCGGUCUACCCAGGGAGCCACAAGCCCUUCUGCCGCCCAGCCCUUCAUGCUCCCGAUAUCCAUGGCGAAUCCGGCCUGGAUGGGACGGAUCUCCUGCCCAAAGCAUCUAGACCGCCUGUUACAGAUAAGAACCCGAUUUUGGCAAUGCGAGAUGCGCUCCUUGCCCAGCCAAAGGGGACGCCGUGGGUGGUUGCCACUGGAACCCUCACCAAUGUGGCUUUGUUGUUUGCAACAUUCCCCGAAGUGGCAGAGCAUAUUCAAGGUCUGAGCAUCAUGGGAGGUGCCAUUGGCAACGGAUUCACAACUGCGCCUAUGAGUAGACUUCCGGGCGAGAAGUCCAGGGUUGGAAACGUGACGCCCUGGGCCGAGUUUAAUCUUUACUGUGACCCAGAGUCCUCCGAGUCCAUCUUCAGCAAUGCUGUCCUUGCUCCAAAAACCACCAUCAUCACACUUGAUCUCACCCACCAGGUGCUCGCCUCCCAAGCAGUGCAAACGCGCAUCUUGCAUGGCUCCAAUGACCCAUCGACGACACCGACAGUUCUCCGCCAAAUUCUGCAUGCGCUGCUAACCUUUUUCGCAGCAAUGUACGAAAAUGUGUUUGGUCUUGACGCCGGGCCUCCGUUGCACGACCCUCUGGCUGUAGCGGUGAUUCUGUCGACGUUGAACCCGGCUUUUACCAAAUCUCACCCCGGGCCAGCACUCACGUUUGACGACAAGGGUGGAGAGCGAUUUGCUGUUAGUAUUGUCACGGAUGGUCGCCAUGGCUCUGAUGUGUCGACCACGGGACAGCUGGGACGCUCGCUUGCGGCACCGAUUCAAGCGCCUGGUGUGGCGAUUCCCAGGAGCGUUGAUCUGGAUGCAUUUUGGGGCAUGAUUUUGCAGUGCGUCCAGUUGGCGGAUGAUUGCAACGCAGCUCGUGCAAGAAGGUAA